AUCUAAUCCCUAAAAGUCAAAAUCAAUCCAUCAAAGUUCUUGCUGCUCUCCAUCAUCACCGAUUUUCAUCUUCUUAGAUUACUCUGCCAAAAUCUAGGUAGACCAAAAUCUCCAUCUCCAUCUUCCCCGAAACCUAGGUAGACCAAAAUCUCCAUCUUCUUCGAUUUCUCUGCCAACGAACUUUUACUUUUGAAAGUUCUUGCUGCUCUCCGUCUUCGCCGGUGUUACUCCGAGUCUCCGACUGUCCGAAAUCCGAAUACUCCAUUCCACCAUUGAACUGGAAUUGAAGUUGCAAUGAACUUGUUGAAAUUUUACAACAAAGUACCAAAAAUAACUUCGGCUUCUCAAAAUCAAUCUAACAGAGAAGUAAUUGAUACAAUUGUUCCACAGUCCGAUCCAGCUGAAAGAACUCCAAUAUUGGAGUAUCAUCCAAACCAUUGCGAUGAAAUAAGGAGGGCAUACAUUCAAGGUGGUCCUUGCCAACCUCGGUAUCAUGACUUCCCUCAAUCUGACUUUUCUGGAUUUAAGUGUCGUUUUAAUCCUAUAUGGUUUGAUGAAUUUAAUUGGUUGGAGUAUAGUGUUAGUACCGAUGCUGCAUAUUAUUUACCUUGUUAUUUAUUUAAGGGAGAAAGUAUUCAUUAAGGUGGUGGUGAUGUUUUUUCGAGUAAAGGGUUUAGGAAUUGGAAUAGAAAAGAAUGUUUUAAGAAGCAUGUUGGUUUGCCAAAUAGUAUUCACAAUAAAGCAAAUAGAAAUUGUGACGAUCUAAUGCGGCAAAAACAAUCUAUUGCUGCUGCAUUUGAGAAACAUUCUGAUCAAACUAAGAGUGAGUAUUGGGUUCGCUUAAAUGCUUCAGUUAAUGUGGUAAGGAUUCUCUUGAAUCAAGGAUUUGCAUUUCGCGGUCAUGAUCAAAAAGUGAAACGUCAUUGAACAAGGGUAAUUUUAUUGAAAUUCUUUCAUGGUAUGCUGAUAAAUGUGAUAAGAUUAACCCCUUUGUGUUGAAACGUGCUCCAAAAAAUAAUAAGAUGACUUCUUCAGAUAUUCAAAAAGAAAUUGUGACCGCAUGUAAGAUAGAAACUAUUAAGGCUAUAAUAGAGGAUCUAAAUGGUGACUACUUUGCUUUAUUAGUUGAUGAGUCUUUAGACGUGUCACGCAAAGAGAAAAUGUCUAUUAUUUUACGGUAUAUCGAUAAAAAAGGAAGUGUGAUGGAGAGAUUUAUUGGCAUUGUUCAUGUUCGAGAUACUAGUGCUUUAUCUCUAAAGAAAGCAAUUGUCGAUGUACUUGUUCAUCAUUCUUUAAGUUUAUCUUCUAUACGUGGACAAUGUUAUGAUGGGGCAAGCAAUAUGCAAGGUGAUAUUAAAGGUCUUAAAAAGUUGAUUAAACAAGAAAGUAGAUCGGCUCAUUCUAUUCAUUGUUUUGCACACCAACUUCAAUUGACUUUUGUUGCGAUUUCUAAGAAGUGUGUUCAAGUAGGUGAACUUGUAUUAUUGGUUUCAAAUAUUUUGAAUGUGUUGGGAGCAUCUUUUAAACGUGUGGAUGAAUUUUGAGAUUCCCAAAACGAAAAACUCCAAGAGGCAUUAGAUAUGGGUGAACUAAAAACAGGUAGAGGCUUGAAUCAAAAACUUGGUCUUGUUAGAGCCGGUGAUACUCGUUGGGGAUCCCACUUCAAGUCAUUUGGAAACUUUAUUCGUAUGUUUGGCUCUAUUGUUGAUGUUCUUGAUACUCUUGUUGAAGAUGCAAGUAUGUUAGAUGAUAGAGCUAAGGCAUCAGGGUAUCUCGAAGCUUGUCAAACAUACAAGGUUGCUUUCUUGUUGCAUUUAAUGACAGAUAUUUUGGGAAUCACAAAUGAGUUGAAUGUAUCCUUACAAAGAAAAGAGCAAGAUAUUGCAAAUGCCAUGGUACUAGUUCAAGUAGCAAAGAAAAGAUUGCAAACUUUAAGGAGGGAUGAUGAAUGGAAUUUAUUUGUUGAUAAAGUAUCUACAUUUUGUAUCAAGCAUGAUAUUUUGGUGCCUAAUUUUGAUGAUCUAUAUGUUAACUCUGGAAGAUCACGACGAAAACAUGCUGAUCAUACUGUCUUUCAUCAUUAUCGUGUUGAUGUGUUUUGUAAAGUUCUUGAUUGGCAACUUCAAGAACUUAAUGAUCGUUUUGAUGAAGCGACGACGGAUUUGCUUCAUGGAGUUGCUCGCUUGAAUCCAAUUGACUCAUUUUCAAGUUUUGAUAUCAGAAAAAUAAUGAAGAUGGCUGAAUUGUAUCCUGAUGACUUUGAUGAAUUUACGAUGAGUACUCUUGAGAAUCAGCUUGCGAGUUAUAUUAUUGAUGUUCGUGAUUUUGAUGAAAGGUUCUCCGAUCUAAAUGGGCUUUCUAAACUUUCAAAAAAAUUAGUUAAGACAAAGAAGCAUUUAGUUUAUCCUCUUGUAUUCCUCUUAGUGAAACUUGCGUUGCUUCUGCCUGUUGUCACUGCAACUGUUGAAAAAGCUUUCUCAGCAAUGAAGUUUAUCAAAAAUGACUUGCGGAAUCGAAUGGAUGAUGACUUUUUAGGCGGUUGCAUAGUGCCUUAUGUAGAAAGAGAAGUAUUUAGUAUUGUUUCUAAUGAGUCUAUUAUAAAAACAUUUCAAGAGAUGAAGCGUCGUCGAGUACAAUUGUAAUAAGUAGAAUCUCUUUUCGACGCUUCUUUAUAUUAGUUUGGAUUUAUCCAAUUGUUUGUACUAUUACCUGUAUUUUUAUAAUUUAGCUCGAUAUCACGUUGUUUGAUUUAAA